UAUAUGUGAUUAUUAUAGAUCGAAUUGCGACCUUCCACCAGAUUCUCCGACUUGAAAAUGAAAAAUCGUCGUUAGCAGCUCAUAAAAUAACGUAAUGUAGGCUGGGGUUCAAAGGUCAACGCCGUUCAUCGUCGCUCGACGUUACGUGACGUCAGCCUUAUGAAACUGAGUUCCCAGAAUCUGUUGUGCUCAUUUCAAGACGAGACAUCUUUAUUCUUAAUGUAUAGAAAAAGACACUGACAACCUCCGGUGUGUCUGUUCACAAAGAUCAACAUAUCAUUUUGUUGGCAAAAGAGUUGAAGACAUAGUCCUUGUACUUGGCAACAUAUUGUCACCUACGACACUGUCGAUAGCUUUGGUAAUUUUCUAUUUUAAUUUUAACUUUCAUACCAAUAAUGACAUAUACAACACUGAAGAACGUUUGUAAUUUUUAAUUCUAUAUCUAUGAUGACCUCACGCUUCUUCUCCGGUGCCCGGUCUGUGUGCUGCACUUCCGGAUGUUUCACGAACACCCCUAUCUUCUUGGUACAGUCCUCCCACCUGUUGGCAUCUUGCCAAACUGGAGGCGCCAUGGGCUGAUGCAAACAGACAAAACAUUGAAUGGAACAGAACUACGUCUCCACUGAGUUUGGUCACAAUUCUAUCUAUCAUAUCGUACUCCACAAAUCUCUAAAUAAAUGAAAUACAAAGUUUUCGAAUUCGUUAACAGCCAGCACGAAACACGUAACUGCAGUUCAGAGGUCAACGUGACGUGACGUCAGCCUCCUGAAACUGAGUUCCGAGAAACUGCUGUGCCCAGUUUCACAUCCACCAGGCGAGUUUUCUACAGAGCAAGACGCGCUGUGUUUACAUCUCAAUCUAACCAGCAAUCCUCUGGAAACAAUGGCGAGUAAAAUUCAAGGAUCUGCCGACUUCGACGAGCAGUUCCUGACGUGCCCGGUCUGCAUGCUGCACUUCCGGGAUCCCAGAGUCCUGCCAUGUCUGCACACAUUCUGUAGGGAGUGUCUGCAAGAAUGGGCCACUAAACAACAGCCGCUGGAGUGUCCAACCUGCCGCACACAGGUCAGUCUACCAGACCAAGGUGUGGACGGACUCAGGACCAACUUCUACGUGAACAACCUGCUGGACUUCGCGGCCGUGAAGGAAGGUGUGGGGCCAGGUGUGCCGUGCCAGGUGUGUGAGGGGACGAAGAAAGGGGCGCGGUCAUGGUGCGUACAGUGUGCCGUUCUGCUUUGUGAGUCCUGUACAAACACACAUCGCAGGUUUCCAGCUAUGAAAGGGCAUCAGAUCGUGACCCAAGAGAACCUGGAGGCCUCUGAAGGUGUGCCAAGCAGCUUCCAGCGCAAAGCCUUCUGCCCAAAGCACGAAGACCAAGUCUUAACUUUCUACUGUGAGCCUUGUCAGACUUUGGUCUGUGUCGCCUGUACGGUUGUCAAUCAUUCACGGGGUGAUAAACACAAUCCUGUAGAAAUCGGCUCCGUCGCUGAGAGAAAGAAACGAGACCUACAAAAAUUGUUAGCGAAAGUUGAGCCUCGAGAAAAAGACGUGCGGGAUACGCUGAACGAAGUUGACAGAGAAUUAUCUCAGUUACCAACAUCGGCAGACGCUGCGAUUGAACAGGCCACAGGAUAUUUUGAUCAGCUGAUGGCCUUGCUUCAAGACAGAAAAAAAGAAGUCGUCCAACAAAUCGAUUCAAACCGCCAGGAGGCUGGAAAAUGUCUGGAAACCCAGAAAGAAGCGAUAGAGUUUGAGUUGACCGGACUGACGAGCGCGUCUGAGUUCUGUAAACAAGCCUUGAAACACGGCAGUGACGUGCACGUCAUCGAGGUCGAAGGUCAAGCACGACAGAGAGUGGAAGAACUGAUGACAACUCCAAGCGACCUGACAGCCCGACCGAGUCAAGUCGUGUUCUCGGAGGGGACGGCUGUGGCGGAGUUCAGAGAUGACGUGGCCAGGGCAGGGUGUGUGCACGUCAAAGUAAAGGUUGACGCAUCCAAAUGUUCAGUUGAAAUUAAACCUGCCGUUGAAGGGUUUUCAAACGUUUCUCUCCUCAGCACAGUUGACAAAAACGGGCACCUUUGUUCUGUGCUGAAAGAUGACGUCACAGACACCCUGACGAACCCCUCGGGCCAGGCGGUACCAACACAGCUGCAGGAGAAGGGCAGGGGAUUGUGGGAAAUCUCCUACACACCUGAGGUCACGGGCAACCAUAGGUUAGAGGUCAAAGUGAACGGCGGUUCUGUGGCGGGAAGUCCGUUUGACGUCAGAGUGCAAAGUAGGGUCACCCCAGUCUUAACCAUUGGGAGAGAAGGAGAUGAGGAGGGAGAACUUAACUUACCAAGAGAUGUAGCAGUGGACAUGGACGGUAACAUUGCAGUGGUGGAGUGGGGGAACAAACGGGUUCAGAUAUUCGAUGCCAGGACUGGUCAGUCACUUCGGUGUUUCCCGGUGGAUGGUUGGAGUCCAUGGGGCAUUGACAUGGACUCCAAUGGACAGUUUGUUCUGACUUUUGGUAAUUAUCCCACUGGCAACCAAGCAAUCCGGGUGUACUCACGGGAAGGAAAGCUUAUAAAGACCCUAAAACCCGACUGUUUAUGGAACCCACGCGGAGUUGCAGUUCUGCAGGACGGCCGCAUGGUGGUGGCAGACAUCAGGCAGCAUUCCUGUCUCCUCCUGCAGCCUGACGGGAGCCUCAUCCGGGACAUCGGCAAGGAGCAGUUACGGGACCCAAGGUUCAUAGCAGUGGACGAAUCACUUGAUCUGCUCUUUGUCACUGAUUGUGAGGCUCAUAGAGUGUUUGUGUUCGACCUUGAGGGGCAGCUGAAGUUCAUGUUUGGUGAACAGGGGCGGAAUGAGGGAAAACUCUACUAUCCAUCAGGGAUAACAGUAGACCCGGCAGGUAACAUCAUUGUAGUGAACUGGUUUAACCGCCGCCUUCUGCAGGUGUUCGGGCCAGACGGGACGUACCUGAGAACUGUGGCCACAGUGACGGGAGGAGACCCCCGGGGAAUCGCGCUGACACCGGAUAACCACAUAGCUGUAACGUGUGAUCGUGGAUGUUGUGUCGAGUUGUACAGGUACAAGUAG